AUGCCCUUUGGGCACAAAACAGAAAGAGUUGAACUGAACAGCUGAAAACCAACUGGAAAGGAAAGGACGAAGGACAAAAUAUUUGGGUCCAGAACUUCUGCGUAUGACCAUGGUUUACACAAUGUUGCUAGUUUUUAGUCUACAAUGUAUUCUCUUCUUGCUUCCUCAAUCCACAGAUUCACAGCUCGUGUCAUGUUACUUUAAGUUUGACACAGACUCGGGGGAUUGUGUCAGCCACAUAGGGAGUGUCACACAAGAACAAUGCUGUUUCAACAGUCACUACGGCUACAAAGCAGAAAAUGGGGAAUGUGUGUCCUGUCGCCAAGCCUCCUGGUCAGCCUGGUCACCCUGGGGUCCUUGCUCAGUGUCUUGUCUGAAAGGCGUUAAGCAAAGACGACGAAGAUGCGAUGGGAUUGGACAGUGCCAGGAUAAGCUUAAGCUUGGGACUCUGCAAACAGCAGUUUGUGAAAAUCAAGACUGCUGCCCUGAGCAGGGUGGAUGGGGGGAAUGGCAGGCAUGGCAGCCUUGCUCUGUGACCUGUGGGAAUGGCGUGUCCAGGAGAGAGAGAUCGUGCACCAACCCGCUGCCCAAAUGUGGAGGAGGCUGUGACGGCCCAGGACAAGACACUCAACCAUGUGAAACAGGAGUCGUCUGCCCAACACAUGGUAGCUGGUCAGACUGGGGAGCUUGGGGUCCCUGUUUGGGGACAUGUCAAGAGGAUGGUGCCACCCCACCUCCAAGGGAACGCAGAAGGACAUGCACCAACCCUUCACCAUCAUCUGUGCCAGCUGGGCGCCCCUGCCAAGGCCCUGACACUGAUACGCAGCAUUGUCUUUCACUACCAAUGUGUCCUAUUCAUGGUGCUUGGGGAACAUGGAGCUCCCUCUCAGCAUGUUCGGUGACCUGUGGAGUUGGCCUACAAACCAAGACGCGUAAUUGUAAUAACCCAGCACCAAAAUAUGGUGGAAACCUUUGCUUGGGGGACCACAAUGUACAUGAAACCUGCUUCAUACAAACACACUGUCCAGUGGAUGGAGAAUGGACAGAGUGGGGAGAGUGGGACAUGUGCAGAAAAGACACGUACAACAGACCCAUCAGCUGCACCAAAAAGGCUGGCUCACAGACUCGACGGAGGAGCUGUUUGUUCAAGGACUUUGGUGGGAAAUCAUGCAUUGGUAGCAUUGUUGAACACAGGGCUUGCUACGACAUUACACACUCUGCGAAACGUGCUUGUGAAAAACCUGCUCACUAUACAGAGUGGACCGAGUGGGGUUUGUGCAAGCCUCCCUGUGGAGCGGGUUUGAAACGACAAAGAGAACGACUGUGUGUGGCUAAUAUCCCAGAAUUUGAGAAUACCACCCAUGGCCGUGUGUAUUAUUCUGGGAAACCCAAACUGAAAUGCUCCCCAAUACUUGAGGAAAAGGAAGAGGAAAGCUGUCUCAAUGUACCUGCAUGCUAGGACACAGCUUUAUGCUAUGGGCUCUGUGCACCAGCUUACUUGAAGUCAGCAAACCAGUUUCCGGUUUGUUGACAUCACUGCCGAAAAGCACCUGAAGAGGAGUGGUUGUAGUGUUGCUCUCGUUAACGAAAAUUAUGACUAAAUAUCGUCGUCAACAAACUUUUUUCACGUGACGAAAACGAGACGAGACGCAACGUAAAUGCUGGCCAUGUGACGAUGACUAUAAUGAAAUGUAUUGGCAAUAUCGUUGACGAAUAAAAAUGAGACUAAAUGUCGUUUACAAAAUAAAAA